AUGUCUCAACCAAUAAAUGUGCUUAUCGUCGGCAAUGGUGGCAGAGAACACGCCCUGGCGUGGAAGCUCUCACAAUCAAGCCGUGUUGGGACGAUUUAUGUCGCUCCUGGAAAUGGUGGAACUUCUCGUGGAGAGCGUGUCCAAAAUGUCGCUAUCGGCUCGAGCCCAUCUGACUUUCCUGAGCUUGUCAAGUUUGCUGUUGCCCACGAAAUUGGUCUGGUUGUGCCCGGUCCAGAGCAGCCUCUAGUGGACGGCAUCUCCACCUUCUUCAGUAAGGUGGGAAUUCCAGUUUUCGGCCCCUCUGCGAAGGCAGCCCGCAUGGAAGGAUCCAAAACCUUCUCAAAGGAUUUCAUGAAGAAAUAUGACAUCCCAACUGCGGAUUUUCAGAACUUCACGGACUACGAGGCUGCCAAGAGUUACAUUGAAAAGUCCAACCACAAUCUGGUCAUCAAAGCUUCGGGAAUUGCUGCUGGAAAGGGUGUCUUGAUCCCAGCAAACAAGGAAGAGGCUUUUGAAGCCAUAAAAGAGAUUAUGGUGGAUCGCCAUUUUGGUUCCGCCGGAGACGAGGUGGUUAUCGAAGAGUUCCUCGAGGGAGACGAGCUCUCGAUCCUCUGUAUCUCGGAUGGAUAUACCAUUUUGGAUUUACCCCCAGCUCAAGAUCACAAGCGCAUUGGUAAUGGUGAUACCGGCUUAAAUACAGGAGGAAUGGGCGCCUACGCGCCAGCUCCUAUUGGAACGCCCAAGCUGUUGCAGCAGAUCAGAGAGACAAUCCUCCAGCCCACGGUGGAUGGUAUGCGUAAAGAGGGAUAUCCAAUGGUUGGAUGCCUCUUUGUUGGAAUUAUGGUGGCACCAUCUGGUGAACCAAAGGUUCUGGAGUAUAAUGUUCGUUUUGGAGAUCCAGAAACACAGACCGUUUUGCCGCUGCUUAAGUCCGAUCUGUUUGAGAUCUUGCUUGCUGCCGCCGAGCACAGACUAGACUCAGUUGAGUUCGACGUGGAUUUAUCCAAAUUUUCCACGACGGUUGUAAUGGCAGCCGGAGGAUAUCCGGGUGAUUACGCUAAGGGCGAUAUCAUCACUGUUACUGAGCCACUUCCAGAAGAGACCUUCGUGUUCCACGCAGGAACCUCCAAGAAUGCCGACGGACAAGUCGUGACUUCUGGAGGCCGUGUGAUAGCUGCCACUGCCAUUGCUUCGAGUCUAGAAGAGGCUGUUUCCAAGGCCUACUCGGGUGUGGAUCAUGUUUCGUUCAAGGGCAAGUACAACCGUACCGAUAUCGCACACCGCGCUUUCCGUAGCAAGGCGGCAAACCAGGUUUCUAUCACCUAUGCAGAUGCUGGGGUAUCUGUCGACAACGGGAAUCAACUCGUUGACAACAUCAAGAAAUUGGUGAAGUCCACUGCCCGUUCUGGAGCCGAUUCCGAGAUCGGUGGGUUUGGUGGUCUUUUCGACCUCAAGGCUGCUGGCUAUGCAGACAUUGACGAAACACUUUUGGUGGCUGCCACUGACGGAGUAGGUACCAAACUUCGUAUCGCCCAAAUUCUCGAUAUUCACAACACAGUUGGUAUUGAUCUUGUGGCAAUGAACGUGAACGACCUAAUUGUGCAAGGAGCGGAAUCGCUCAUGUUCUUGGAUUAUUUCGCCAGUGGAAAACUUGACAUCGAAGUAGCAGCCAAGUUUGUUGAGGGAGUUGCUGCUGGUUGCAGAAUCGCCGGAUGCGCUCUCGUUGGAGGUGAAACAUCCGAGAUGCCUGGUAUGUAUGCUCCAGGUCAUUACGACACCAAUGGAACUGCUGUUGGAGCCGUUCUCAAAUCGGAAAUGCUACCAAAAUUGGAUGAAAUGGCUGUUGGCGAUGUUCUUCUGGGUCUCAAGUCCAACGGAACGCACUCUAACGGGUUUUCGUUGGUGCGUAAGAUCAUCGAAAGCACCGAGUUCGAAUACACCGACUCUGCGCCAUGGAACCCAGAAUCUACCAUUGGUGAAGAAUUUUUGAUUCCAACGAGGAUAUACGUGAAACAAUUGUUGCCUUCCAUAAAGCAAAAAUUGAUCCUUGGUCUUUCUCAUAUCACAGGCGGAGGACUUGUUGAGAAUGUUCCUCGUGCUUUGCCCAAGCACCUGAGCGCUGUUAUCGACAUUAACACCUGGGAGGUUCCUGAGGUAUUCAAAUGGCUCGGAAAGACUGGAAAUGUACCAAUUCCGGACAUUUUGAAGACUUUGAAUUUGGGUGUCGGAAUGGUGGCUAUUGUGAAGAGAGAGAACGUUGCUCAGGUUAUCGCCAAUCUUGAGAAAGAGGGCGAGACCGUUUUCACCAUUGGUGAGCUGGUUGCGAGGGGCGAGGCUCAGCCGGGGUGCGUGGUUACCAACACCGAGGGUCUUUACUAA